AUGGAUGCUAUUGGUGUGCAACAGAUUGUUAGCGCCCUGGAGUUGAUACAUUCUCCAAAGUCAACGAACGAAGCUCGUCGGGAGGCACAGGCAUUCUUGGAACACGUCAAGAGUCAAGAAGAAUCACCUCUAUGGGGCUACGAACUGGCGCUACCGUCCCACAACACGAUUAACUCAAUCACCCGUAACUGGUACAAUUAUGACGAGGAGAAGAAGUUGGCCAUCCGUAAAUGGAUCAUCGAUCUGGCGAACAACCUCCAAGAGAACGAUCCACAUUACAUCAAAGAGAAACUGGCAUUCAUCUGGGUAGGCGUAGCAAAGAGGUGCUGGGGUUCUUACCUUGCCACUGUGGAGGAUACCGAGGCGGAGUACCAGGCAUUUGUCACAGGUUGGUAUACAAUGGAUAAGGAUCUAUUUGACCUAUGGAUGCUGAGCCCACAGACAAGAACAUUGGUACUGAUUAUAUUCAGAACUCUGUUUGAAGAUACUUAUAUCCUAGAUGAUCCUAUCACCUCGAGAAGAAACUCCAUACUUACGUCCUUGUGUACCCAUGUGGUUUUACCUCAAGAAACUUUAGAUACGAUUUACGAACCAAAUGCCAAUUUACAGAAAUCCAAGGCUACAAAAGAGGGGUGGUUCGUGCUGUGGCUUAAAGCAUUGACCGAAUUCAUCAAAAAUGGAGAUGAGAAAGGUGUUAUCAAAACUUUGGAGACUUUCAAGACAUGUCUAAAUUGGGUGUACAGCUCGGUACUCACACAAUCAAAUGUAUUAAACACUCUGCUACAAGCUGUGACUAUUGAUAGUAUCAGGAUUAAGAACAUCGCAAUUGACUGUUUGUACAUUCUUUUCACAAGGUCAUUUAGUCGAUCUUCAGAUAUGGAUGCCAUCGUUGGUAGUAUCUUCAAACCUGAAGGCAUGCAACUGUUGACAAAUAUUUACCAGGAAAUUAGACUUGAUCCAGAUGAUAUCGACGAUGAAUACUACUCAUUUGCGAAGAAAGUGACGGAAAUGAUUGUUGGGCUAUGCGAACACUUACAAACCGUGGACGAGAAGACUUCAGAUAUCUCAAACUAUCUAAAAUUGGUCUUAUCCACAACUGCAAGCGAUAGUUUGACAAUUUCAGCUAUAUCCCUUAACUUUUGGGGUAAUAUGCUCAGAGAAAAUGAUAAGAUUGAGAUCAUCGAUGAGUAUAUUUUUGACUUAUUGGAAGUAGCUGCAAGUAAGAUGCUAAAUUACAGCAGUCUUCCAGAGGAGCAUGUCAGUUGUAAAUAUCUCGCUUUUGAUUUCAAUUCGCAUGCAGACUCUUACUCGUUCUUGAAUAACUACAAAAGAUUGGUUGAUGAUAUCAUCAGAUUGACGAUUUGCAUUAGGGCAGAACGUGGCUUACAAUGGUUGAAUAAUCGUUUGGAGGUAUUUUUCUCCUCUGAUAUUGGAAGUACUGUAUUAACUUCAGAGACUUUGGAUUACCAUCAAGAACCAUUUAUCUUGACAAUCUCUCAGUUUGAUAUUGUUGAGGCGAGUGUAAGGGGUAUUGUCCGAUGGAAAAUCUGGUACGGAAAUGCAGAUUACAACGAGAAAUUAGAGCAACUCUUGGGGACAGUGGAGAUCCUUCUCGAUAAGCUCUUGGCAAUGCAAGUUAAGGAUCCUGUUGUUUUGAAAAAGCUUAUCCAGCUAUAUGUACAGUUCACACCAUUGUGUAAGGACAAUUUGAUAUUCAAAGUCAUUGAAAGACUUCUGACUGUGUGUACAUUUGAGUGUCCUGAAGGAGCAUCUGAUGAACUUGCAUCUACAAUCAAAGAUCUAAGAACAACAUGUGUGAAAAUUGCGGAAUACUUUGAAUCUAGAGGUAUUUCACCCGAUGCUGACUUGCUAAAAACACCAAUGGACGAGCAAGGGUUGAAACUUAAGGCAGAGUUGAAGGAUAGAUGGUCUGCUCUGUUCCCAGUGAGAUCUACUAGGUUACUUAUCCAAUAUUCUAUUGAAAAGCUUCCAAAGGAUUCCGAAAACUUUAAAAAUCUUUUGGCGCUCUGGAAACCUAGGGUCACGCCAAUCAUUCCACAUAUUCUACAACUUCUUUAUCAAAUCCAGGCAUACCAUAACCCAGAGAACUGGAAACCACUACCUCGAAUCGUUCAAUCAUUUGUCAGGGAUACAACAGUUGAGAGAUUUUGGCAAAUGGGUGUUUCAAUCCAGUCUAGAGAUGAAUUUUUGGAAGAAAAUGUCAAAGCGAUGCACACCCUCAGAGACUUUGCAGACUCUGUUGGUCACAUCGUGAGAUACACUAGAGAGUAUGUGUUUUUGUCCCUUGCGACGAUUUCAAACCUUGAUGAUACAUUAUACACCAUUCCCAACAUUGCGGAUAUCUUCUGGAGAGCCGCUACAGGAGAGAACGUUGGAAUCACUCUGCACUCAUGGAAACACAUGAUCAGCAUUAUGCUGAGGCCGGUUAUUAAAAAUUGUCCCCCAGCACAUGUUGGAAACUUUAUGCGUCAGUUGUUGCCACAGAUGUUCGUUACUUUGGAUGAACUUCUGGUCAACAAAUGGGAAAAGGUGUACAUUAGUGGACUUCAAUUCGAUGAGGAUGACGCCCAGUUGAGCCAGGAAAUGAUGGAGGAGCAUAUUUUGAGACAGGUUACACAAGUUAUCACUAGACUACUUGUUGACUGUGUUGGUCAGUAUGGACACAAGAGUCCACUAACGGAUACCCAGUUGGAGAUUAGAAGAUUGAUUUUCAAUGAUAAAAACAUUUUAGCUCCAUUCCUUCAACUGUUGUGCCAUAUUAUCAUGCUUAAAGAUUCAAGAUGCUCUUUCAACGCUAUUUUGAUUAUUAGAGCGGUCCUGAAUGACAUAGUCUUGAAAGAUGAAGAAGUUGACAAGUUCCUGUGUGAAAACCUUACAAAAUCUAUUGUGCAUUGCUUAACCAUUGAUUUCUACCGUGAGAGUCAAGGUGAAUCGGCAUAUGUACUCACAUCACUUUACAUCAACAUGAAAGUCCAUGGACCGUACAUGCAACAGGUAUUGAGAAGUUUACUACCAAAUUCUCUGGAUGCAGAUUUUAAAGAACUCGAGCAAGGGUUAGACACUGCAAAGAACAUAAGAGAACAGAGAAACUCAAUGCUGCACUUCAUCCAAACCGUGAAAGAGCACAGUGACGACGAUGAAAGUAUGAAGAGAGAAAGACUUAGACAACUUGAUGCUGUUCAAAAGAAAAAGAAAGGAGAUACUGACUUGAUGAACGACCCUUUUCUAGAGAAUGGUGCAUUGGGCAAUCUCUUUGGUGAUAACUGA